UCUUCUCUCUUCGAAAUCUAGGGUUUCUCCGUCUCUGAGGCGAUUUCGUGUCGGAGUCCAGAGCCGGAGAUUUUCUCGAUCAAUUCGUCGUCGGAGUCACUCGUAAACGCUCUCAGGUGAGUCUCAAUCACUCCGGGACGAGAUAGCUUCGAUUUGAUCUCGAGAGGUUUCUAGGUUAAGGAUGUCGAUUUGGGGGUUUCGUCUUAGGGUUGUAAAUCGAGAAGGGGGUUUCGAUUUCUUGGUUAAAAUCGACAUACGGUUUCCUUUUAGGGUUCGUUUAUCGUGGAUUUCAUUUCGAUUUGGGGGUUUCGUGUAAGGGUUUGAAAUCUAAAAGGGGGUUUUAAUUUCUUCGUUUAAAUCAACAUACGGAUUUCUUUUAUUGUUUGUUCAUCGUGGAUUUGAAUUGGAUUUGGGGGUUUUUAGUUAGUCUUUCAAUUUUUUUUUUUUGUUUCUCGGUUGCUUCUGUUCUAAUUAUUUGUUUUCCUGAUACAGAUGGAUCCCGAAGCAGAGAUAAGAGACACAAAGAGAAGAAAUGAGCACAUCGAUAUGCUUUCAUACGUGUGUGAUUCAGAACACGGGAUUCCGACGAGGUGUCCCUGUGGUGGGAGUAUAAUUCACGAGGUUCGUGGGAAGGAGGAAUACGACACUCUCCCCGGCAAGCGUUUCUUCACCUGCAUAAACUACGAGGCUGAUGGUUUUCAUUAUCGUCAGCCUUGGGUCAUUGGUGUGCAGGAGCAUAUCGAACGGCUCACAAGUCGUGUGGAGGAGGUGGAGGCGGUGAUCAAGUGGCUGCCGGAAGUGAAUAAUAAGAUUAAAAGUCUGGAGGUAAUCUGAUUUCCCACUUUUGAAUUUUGUUUUGUAAUUUUUUUCUUAUAUUUUAUACCGUGACUAACACCAUCUCAUUGUCAUUUCCUUGUACAGGCAGAGGUGAAAGCCCUCACUGUGGAGGUUGAUAGGCUCACUGGGAAGGUUUAUAACCUGACCGUGCAGGUGGAUCACUUGGAGAAAUGCUGCUUCGACUGAAAACACAAAGGUAACCACACUAUCCCUAGAGUUGUUGCCUAAUGAAUUUGAACUUGAACUAGAGUAGGUUAGAGUAGUAGUAGAAUUUAAACUUGAACUGAACCAGAACUGAAGUAGUUGUGUAGUUAAGUUAAGUGUAAUCAAUUUUUGAAUGGUCUGUGUGAACUUUGAUUUAAACUUCAACUGAACCAGAACUAAAUUUAAACUUGAAAUAAUUAAUUUGAAAACCUGAUUUGAUGUUUAUUGAAUGGUCUGUGUGAAGUAGUUGUGUAGUUAAGUUAAGUGUCAUCAAUUUUUAGUGGUUAGAAGAUGUUUACUUCCUUGUACUUUCAAACCCAAAAGUAGUUUAAAAAUCUAGCUAAUCGACAUCUUAAAACAGAAACGAAAACUUAAAAACUUCAAUACUCAACCAAAAUGGAUCCUUUUCCCCUAAACUCUCCCGGCUUUGUUAACCUGCUUACUUCCCAGACCACUCAGCCAAUAGAAAUAGGAUCUUCUGAGGUUCCUAAACCUCCGGAAAGGAGGAAGUGGACAACCAAAGAAGAUUUGGUGUUGAUCAGUGCUUGGUUGAACACCAGCAAGGAUCCAAUAACCAGUAAUGAGCAGA